GUAUAAUCAAACACGACUCUGUAUCGUAUCAACGAUGAGUUUUUCCGAUGACGGAUGGGGCGCGGAGGCCGAAGUGAAAGUCGCGGAAGAUGUUCCGGAAAAGAACGUUCCGCCGCCAGUGGAACCACCAAGAGCUCCCCAAAGUACUGCUAUCAAGACGGAGCCGGAAAGAAACUCCGAUGAGCCAUCAGCUGGAUUUGGAAUUGAUCCGAUUACCACUAGCAAGACUUUCGGAAGUCAAACAACACCAAAAACUGAAUUCGGUGGAGCACCAUCGUUGUCUGGGUUCGGUGGAAACGCUGCUGCUGCUGCUGCAAACAAGACUUCGUUCGACCAGCAAGGUAACGGAUUUGGUGGAGCAGCGAAACAUGGAUUCGGUGGAGUCGGAGGAGCGCCGUCUUCAUUUGGUGCUAACGUUAUUCCUGUCAACAAGCCAUCUCUCGGGCAUAAAACAACUGGAUUUGGCGGAGAACCGAAACAUGUGUCUGGUGGAGCGUUCUCGUCUGCAAAUAAUUUUGAUCAACAAGAUAAAGGAUUCGGCGGGGCAGCAAGUUCAGGAUUCGGAAACGGAUCUAUGCUGACAAACCAGAAAGUUGGAUUAGAGAAUCAAACCACUGGAGUCGGUGCAAGUGAAGUUCCUACGAGCAAGCCGUCUUCUUUCGGACAACAACCAGCAGUGGUUUCAGGAUUUGGAGGUGCUGCAAAAAUGGGAUUCGGUGGAUCAUCCUCGUCUGGAUUCGGUGGUCAGAAAGCGGGCGCCACGGAGAGCUCUGGAUUUCCAACCAAAGAAACAUCUACAUCCCAGCCAGGAUUCGGAGGAGAUUCCAGUACAGGAUUCGGAAGUGGUUUAAAAGCUGGAUUCGGUGGUCAUGGAGCAGGCGCUGCGGAGAACUCUGGAUUACCAACGGAAACAACCGGUUUCGGAGGAAAACUCCCCUCGGCUGGAUUUGGAGCUUCUUCAUCAAAUGAAUCUGCUUUUGGCCAACAAUCUAAGGGUUUUGGUGGAGCAACGAAAAACGGAUUCGGAGGAGAUUCCAGUUCAUCGUUUGGAAGUGGUUCUAAAGCUGGAUUCGGUGGAACAUCCUCGUCUGGAAUCGGUGGUCAAAAACCGGGCGCCACGGAGAGCUCUGGAUUUCCAACCAAAGAAACAUCUACAUCUGGAGGAACUUUUGGCUCUGGUUUCGGAGGAAAGCCGACCUCGACUGGAUUUGGUGCUCCAUCAACAACAGAUUCUUCUUCCGGUCAACAAACUGCAGGAUUUGGUGGCGCAUCGAAGCCAGGAUUCGGUGGAGAUUCCAGUACAGGAUUCGGAAGCGGUUUAAAAGCUGGAUUCGGUGGUCAUAGAGCAAGCACUGCAGAGAACUCGGGAUUACCAACGGAAACAACCGGUUUCGGAGGAAAACUCCCCCCGGCUGGAUUUGGAGCUUCUUCAUCAAAUGAAUCUGCUUUUGGCCAACAAUCUAAGGGAUUUGGUGGAGCAACGAAAAACGGAUUCGGAGGAGAUUCGAGUAACAGUUUUGGAAAGCGAGACUCUGGCUUUGGCGGUCCACAAGAUCAAGGAUUUGGCGACACUGAUGCACCUUCAAAAUCCGGCCUUGGAAGCUUCAAUACAGGAGGUGGAGCUGUCAAAUCAGCUUUCGGAGCCGCUGGCUUUGGUUCCAGUUCAAACUUCGGCAAUGGAAACACGUUUGGGGAGCCCAGCGACAAUCAGCGUGGCAAUUGGGAUGGCGGAGAGCGACCAAGAGGAUGCCAUAAUUGCGGCGAAGAAGGUCAUAUUUCGAAAGAAUGUGAUAAGCCAAAAGUCCCACGUUUUCCUUGCCGAAAUUGUGAGCAACUUGGUCACUUUGCUUCCGACUGUGAUCAGCCUAGAGUUCCUCGUGGUCCCUGCCGCAACUGUGGAAUAGAAGGUCAUUUUGCUGUCGAUUGUGAUCAACCAAAAGUGCCUCGAGGCCCCUGCCGCAACUGUGGACAAGAAGGCCAUUUCGCAAAAGAUUGUCAGAACGAGAGAGUGCGCAUGGAGCCAACAGAGCCAUGUCGUCGUUGCGCUGAAGAAGGCCAUUGGGGUUACGAGUGUCCGACCAGACCAAAAGAUUUGCAAGGAAACUUCCUCGAAUCGUAUGAUUUUGUCUUCACGCCAGACGAUAAAAUGUUUGAAGAUGCAGUCAAUAACGAUGAUAAAAUCGACUUCGAUCAGAAGGUUGUGGCAUCCACUGGAAAGGUUGAAAUUCCUGACAUGGCAUCAUUCGAUGGUUUCAAAAUUCUCCCACAAGACCUCCAUGAUAACUUGAAGCGCAUGAAGAUGAACAGACCAACACCGAUUCAAAGAGCGUCGUUCUUCCCGAUCAUGCAUGGCAACGAUGUUGUUGCAUGUGCACACACUGGAAGUGGAAAAACACUUGCUUUCUUGAUACCAUUCGUCAUCAAGCUGAUGGAAGAAUUUGAGAAAGAUCGAGACGUCACUGAUGAGAAACCUUCUCCAAGACUUCUCAUUGUUGCUCCCACUCGUGAAUUGGUCAACCAAACGUUCACUACUGCUCGCCAGCUGACAUAUGAAACGGGAUUGAAGUGUGGAUUGGCCUUCGGAGGCUACUCUCGCAAUGCCAACGUGCAACAUCUGCGUAGUUUCAGUCAGCUCAACAUUUUGGUUGCCACUAUGGGAAGACUGCAGGAUUUCGUGAAUGCCGGAGAAGUAUCUCUUUCAAAAAUGAAAUACAUCGUACUGGAUGAAGCUGAUCGUAUGGUCGACAGCAACGACUUUGGAGAGGAAGUGAGCAAGAUUAUCGGAUCGCCGGGGGAGCGUACUCAGCAAACUGUGCUGUUUAGUGCAUCCUUCUCUGAAGAUCUUCAAUCCGACGACCUGCCAAAGUUCGUCAAAGAGGGUUACACUAUGCUGCAAGUCGACAAGUUCGGAACAGCUAAUGAAAAGAUCGACCAGAAGAUUCUUCCUGUGCCUCGAACCGAGAAACGAGACGCGAUUUACAAGCUUCUCGGAAUUGAUGAAAACACUGUGACUCUCUUGCCGGACGCACCCAUCGAGAAACAAAAGACGCUGAUCUUCGUGAACUCGGUGAAGUUCUGUGACACUCUUGCGGCUCUCAUCUCGAGCGCUGGCGUUAGCACUAUUUCGAUGCAUAGCUACCAAAAUCAAGAACAGCGUGAUCGUACAUUGGAUGAUUUCCGUCGUGGUAAAUACCAGUGUAUGGUAGCUUCAAAUGUGUGUGCUCGUGGAUUGAAUAUUGCCGGGCUCGAUCAUGUCGUCAACUACGAUAUGCCGGAUAAAAAUGGCUUUGAUGAGUAUGUCAACCGUAUCGGACGUACUGGAAGAGCUGGAUUCACCGGAACGUCGACUGCAUUCGUUGACGUGGAGAACGACACGGACAUUAUUCCAUGCCUCGUCAGUAUCUUGAACGAAGCCAAGAAAGAGGUUCCAGAGUGGCUCACCGAAGGAGCUGGACAUCAGGAAGAAGGUGGCGACGAUUGGAAUGAGCAGGAACAGGAGUGGUGAAGCACCUAUCACAGUUUUAUAAUUUAAUGUUUAAAUGUAUUUCGUUGCUCUAUGACGAUUUUUAUUCCUGGUAUUUGUUUUGUUAGGCCCCUGCGAUUCAUUCGCCAAUUUUUAUAAGCCUGAAGUUACAGUGAAUAAGUUUAUGUUAAUUUCAAUGUUUUAGUUAUAGUUUUAUCAUUUUUCUCCCGUUCUUUCAGUAAAUAUAUCUGAACUUUUUUUAUUGUAAUGAACUAUUGACUUUA